AUGAAUGAAACCUAUGGGCCAAGUGACCUUGCAUCAACGGCCAGGCCGUUGACUUCAUCACAUCCAAAACGAAAAAUCGGUAACGUUGAUGAUGGUGAACAUUUCUAUUCAUUUGAUAUUGAACAUGAACAAUCAACAAAAUCUUUUUGUUCUCAUUCGCCAACAUUAACAAUCAAUUCGAAUAACAAUAAUAAUAAUAAUAAUAGUACAUUAACAAACUAUCAACAAACAACAAAAAUCAUACAAGAAUUUAAUAUUCAACAAUUAACUACAAGUGAUAUUACAGUUAGUUCAACAAUAAAUAUAAAAUCAACACCAAAACAACAAAUGAAACAAUCGAAUAGUGAUCUAUUAAGUGAAGCUGAUUUUCAACGUGUUGUACAAGAUAUAACACCAGCUGAUCGAGAUCUAUUCGAUGAAUUUCUCAAUGGAAUAAAGCAAAAAACUGAUGAUUAUUUAUUUUUAUCGUCCUUCGAUGAUUUGCCAUUAUCAACUCAAGAACAAGAUUCUAUAGCAAAACGACACUUAUUAUUAUCCGCACCUUCACAAACAUCUUCAGUUAUUUCAACUGAUCGACGAAGAAAUUCGAUUCCACGUGGUUCAAGUACUAUUCAUUAUGGCCCACAUUCAAUGCCUGUUACAAAUCGACCACAAAAUGCUGCUGCACAAACAUUAAAACAAAUGGCUGUUCAACAUCAACAAAGAAAUAUGUAUAAUCAACAGCAACAACAACAACAAAUAACAACAUCAUAUGUAAAUUAUCCGUAUAAUAAUUCAACAAGACAACUUUAUCAUCAAUCCCAGAUUUCACCAGACAAUGAUACACAUGUAAAUCCUACUUCAUACUAUCAGCCGAUGUCUUAUUCGUCUGCACCACAGGUAACUAUGUCUAGUUACAAUCAUCAUUCACAACAACAUUCGAAUAUCUAUGGUAUUCAAAAUUAUUCUUAUCAAUCUUCCUCUUCACUCUAUCAACAACAACAACCGCCACCGCCCCCGCCCCCCCCCCCGCCACCACCCCCCCAACAACAACAACAACAAUCGCUGUCUACAUCUUCUUAUUCAGUCGCUAGUUAUUCACCGUCAAACGGUCUUCUAUCAACUGCCACAUCUCUUCCGUCAUCUAAUUUCUAUUCACAAGAAGAUAAUCUUCCUAUUCUUGACCUGUAA